CUCUCGCUCCCGGAAGGGCGGCGGAGAGGGAAGCGGGGAUCGGGGCCGGUUCGAGCCUCCCGGUCCCGUCCCGGGCCCCGAGCGACGCCGACAUGACCCUCGCCGUGUUCUUCGGCUGCACCUUCAUCGCCUUCGGGCCUGCGCUCGGGCUCUUCCUCUUCACCAUCGCCCGCGAGCCGCUCCGCAUCAUCAUCCUCAUCGCCGGGGCAUUCUUCUGGCUGGUUUCACUGCUGCUAUCCUCCCUCAUCUGGUUUAUCGCGGUUAAAGCCAGUGACCCCCGCGAUGAAGCACUGCAGAGGGGGCUCCUGAUAUUUGGGGUGAUCUUCUCUGUGCUGCUGCAGGAGGUCUUCCGCUUCCUCUACUACAAGCUCCUAAGGAAAGCCAUUGAGGGGCUGGUGGCCCUCAGUGAGGAUGGUUGCUCCCCCAUUUCCAUCCAGCAAAUGGCAUAUGUGGCUGGCGUGGGCUUCGGGCUUAUGAGUGGCGCUUUCUCCAUGAUCAAUCUCCUGGCAGACGCCUUAGGGCCUGGCACCGUGGGCAUCCAUGGGGACUCGCAGCUCUACUUCCUGACCUCAGCUUUUAUGACCAUGGUGCUAAUUUUCCUUCACACCUUCUGGGGGAUCCUCUUCUUCCACGGCUGUGAGCACCGGCGCUGGUGGGAGAUAGCUGCAGUUGUUGUCAUGCACCUUGCUGUUUCGGGGUCGACGUUUUGCAACCCCCUGUACGUGGGCAGCCUGGUGCCCUCCUACUUGCUGAUGGCCAUUGCUGCUGUCUGGGCUUACCUGCUCUCCGGGGGAUCUGCCCAGAACGUGCGGCGCUUUCUGCUCUGCCUACACAGUGGAGCCAGCCCGCAGCCAGGAUCCUGAGGCCCUGUGGGAUGUUCCUGUCUGCAGCCACCCCUGCCCUCACCUCCAUCCUGGCAGCAAGAACAGCCAUCACCUUCUCUGCAAUACUUUUUCUCCUGGACUGAGGGACCCUGGCCAGUCCCCGCGGGGCAGGUGCUGGGGUCCAGCUGUGGCAGCCAGCCAACUGGUGUGGCUGGCUCGCUCCAGUGCCCUUUUGGGAGCCCUCAGACAGCUUAGUUUUGGGGGACCCGGCUUUGCUGGCCCUACUGUGAGUGGAGCCCCAGUUAGCCUGCCUUGGAAGGAUGCUACCUUGGACUGCUGGAAGCCUGAGCCCAAAGAAACCCAUUUCUUCUACCCCCCACCACAGAAGACGUACUGUCCCCUGUGCCAGAGAGGGAACCCCACGUCGCCUCCUCACUGCAGGAUGGAGGAAGUGGCUUUGCAAAGUACUACGGCACUUUGGGUCACAGCUGACCGCUGUGGUGCUACUUCCCCCACCUCUUUGCCCAUCUUCACUGCCCUGGGAGCCACGGCCCCGGCACUGGACUGCAGUUGCUGCAGUGAUCCAGCAUCCUGGUGCAGUGAGGAUGGUGCUGGGGGACCUAGGGGGACUGACAGCACUUGGGAUGGGAGGACAGGGAAAAGACCAAAGCACCCAGCAGAUGUGGAGGGUGGUGGAGGGCUCAGGGAGAGAUGCAACCCUGCAGGUGGUGCCGGCACAGCUUGGGGAGAGGGUUCAAGGGGCCAUUCUAGGGGAUAUUGCUCUCUCCUGCACUUGUAGGGUCAUUUCCAGGCAGGCACUGGCCCUGAUGCUGUGCCACAGGGCUGGGAAGGAGAAACUGCUAUCAGGCUCAGGGCUGAGAGGGCAGUUUUAUCCACAGUGGGCUUUUGUACCAAUAAAAGGAAGUACCACAGACAAGCAGGUGUUGCCGUCGUGGGGAGAGCACAAACACCCUACAGCAGUGGUGGCUUACGCUGGUGUGACACGGGUGGGUCUGGCAGUUGCAGACCCCAGUUGCCCAGAGGUCUUGCUUUUGCA